AUGUCGAGUCAGCCCCUCCUUCAAACCGCUCCUGGCAAGCGCAUUGCCCUGCCCACUCGUGUCGAGCCUAAGGUGUUCUUCGCCAACGAGCGUACCUUCCUCUCCUGGCUCAACUUCACCGUCAUCCUCGGCGGUUUAGCCGUCGGUCUCUUGAACUUCGGUGACCGCAUCGGCCGCAUCUCCGCAGGCCUGUUCACCGUCAUCGCCAUGGCUGCCAUGAUCUAUGCCCUGGUGACCUUCCACUGGCGGGCGCAGAGUAUACGUAAACGCGGCCAGAGUGGCAUCGACGAUCGGUUCGGACCGACCGUGCUGGCGCUGGCGCUUCUGGCCGCUGUGGUUGUGAACUUCAUUCUGCGCAUGACGGAAUAA